GCCCACCAGUUGCUCCGAGAGGUGCGCCAUAAACUUCGGAAACAGGACAAGGAGAGCUCAAAGACCUUCUCGCGGAUGUGCGGAGGUCUCGGCACUAUGCCCGAGCGCAGCGACCGAAGGGAUGACGACCUCGUCAUAGCUCCCAACCUGGAGGAAGAGUACGAGAAGCUUUCACAGAAGAUCGGCGUUUCAGUGGAUCGUUUAAAGCCAACCACAUAA